CGUGGAUUCCACCGCAUGCGUUCACAAGUCACUCGUUCAGUGCAGAGAAGCUGGAUUCCGCUUAAAAGCCGUUGGCUGCAUCGAGCAGUACCACUUCGCGGCCUACACUACACCCGUAUCACGCAACCAAGCAAGCAAGAAGAGGGAUGGCGGAAGGCGCGCUGCGCGGCCCCUCGGAUUACUCCCAGGAGCCCCCUCGCCACCCCUCCCUCCGCAUCAACGCCAAGGAGCCGUUCAACGCGGAGCCGCCGCGGCAGGACCUGGUGGCCUCCUACAUCACCCCCGUCGACCUCUUCUUCAAGCGGAACCACGGCCCCAUCCCCAUCCUCGACGACAUCGGCAGCUACUACGUGACCAUCGGUGGCCUAGUCGGCAGGCCGGGGCGGCUUUCCCUGGAUGACGUCAGGAAGUUGCCCAAGUACAAUGUCACUGCCACUCUGCAGUGUGCAGGGAACAGGAGAACAGAGAUGAGCAAUAGCAGGAAGGUCAGGGGCGUCGGCUGGGAUGUUUGCGCUCUGGGGAACGCAACUUGGGGAGGAGCUAAAUUAUCAGAUGUCCUUCAGCUCGUUGGUGUGCAAUAUCAUACUGAAAUCACUCCAUCAGGUGGAAAGUAUGUUGAGUUCAUUAGUGUUGAUCAGUGUCCAGAGGAAAAAGGUGGCCCAUACAAAGCAUCAAUUCCCUUGGCCCAGGCAACAAAUCCUGCAGCAGAUGUACUGGUUGCAUAUGAAAUGAAUGGAGAGGUACUCAAGCGUGAUCAUGGAUACCCUCUCCGUGCCGUUGUUCCAGGUGUUAUUGGUGCUCGUUCUGUCAAAUGGUUAGAUAGAAUUGACAUAAUUGAGGAAGAGUCUCAGGGUUUCUUCAUGCAAAAGGAUUAUAAGAUGUUCCCACCAUCAGUUGAUUGGGAUAAUAUUGUGUGGUCAACCAGGAAACCCCAGAUGGACUACCCAAUUCAGUCUGCAAUAUGUUCUAUGGAAGACACAAAUGUCGUCGAACCAGGACAGGUCACUGUUACUGGAUAUGCCUUGUCGGGAGGUGGCCGGGGUAUUGAGAGGGUCGACAUAUCAAUGGACGGUGGUAAGAGCUGGUUUGGUGCACACCGGUACCAAAAGGAAGAUGUACCAUAUGUGGCUGGUGACAUAACCAGUGAUAAGUGGGCAUGGGUGCUCUUCAAGGCAGUUGUCGAUGUGAAGGGUUACACUGAGAUUGUUGCAAAAGCGGUUGACUCCAGUGCAAAUGUGCAACCUGAGAGCGUGGAUUCGAUCUGGAACCUUAGAGGGAUUCUCAACACAUGCUGGCAUCGUGUUCGCCUUCUAGCAACACCCAAUCUUAGAAGCUUCAUAUGAUGAUCCCAUCCAUCCACCUAGUUUUAUCAGCUUACAGUUCUGUUAUGACCCUAGCAACUUCGCAUUAUCAUUCCAGUGAUGAUCUGUGACUGGAGUGAAGAGAGGAAGGAGUUGUCAAUAAUUCCGUCUCUGCCAAAGUUUUAUCAUUCUGUCUCUGUCGAUGAUUCAGGUGAUGUAACUCUUGGCAAGUGAGAAAUUACACAUCGUUUCAGAUUGGCAGGAAGAGAGGAAGGAGUGUAUUAGUAUUUCUUACUCCACAACCUCGUAGAAAUGUUGAUAAACACCACGGGAUAUAAGUUUGGUAUAUGAGGGUAAUGUGUAAUCCUGUAUUUUUACAAUGAACUUGAUUUGCCCCGUGGCCACAUUCAACUGGAAGUUCCUACCUGCAAUGCUCAUAGACGUUGGAAUUGUAAUGUUUUGUUUCGAGGAGCUACUGAAUGUAAAGUUUUGUUUGCAAA